AUGUCAGGCUCGAACACGCCAUCGACAGAGAACGAUGAGGUGGCCGUGGACAAGUUCAAGCCCAGUGGCCGUUUUAUGGCCGCUUUCACCUCCCUGGCUAUCGUCAACCUCGCCUGCGCUCUAGACGCAACAGACAUUGGUGUUGCCCUACCAGUCAUAACUGAAGCUAUCGGCGGCAACGCUGUCCAAGCUUUGUGGAUGGGCACUUCUUUCCUUCUCGCAUCUACAGUUUGGCAACCGCUCUUCGUUGCUGUCUCGAAUGUCUUCGGUAGACGUCCACUUCUGGUCGUGGCACUGAUACUAUUCACAGCUGGUUCCAUCAUCUGUGCCGUCUCCAAGAACCCAGCUGUGAUGCUCACAGGGCGAAGCAUUCAAGGUAGCGGGGUCGGAGGAGUUCUCACCCUGACAGAAGCCAUCAUCACCGACCUAGUACCUUUGCGGGAGAGAGGAAAUUUUCUUGCCUUGAUCAGCAUUGUCUGGGCUGUCGGAACCGUAGCUGGUAAGUGUCUUUCUUCCACAUCAUACCGCACUUUUGCCUGA